AUGUCACGCAGGGACACGGUGAAUGAGAAGGGAGAAUUAGGCAGCACCGGCACUGCUUCUUGUGAGGGUGGCAGCGGCACAGCGGUGGUAACCAGGGGCAUGAUUGGGGAGACGGCGAGAGAGGAGGGCGGAUUAGGCAGCAGCAUGGGAGGCGGCAACACAGUUUCUGCACACCUCUCACGGAGUUGCACUGCUGUUUGUGAGGGCGGCAGCAACGCUGCUCCUUGUGAGGGCGGCAGCAACGCUGCUGCUGGGGACGAGGGCGGCACAGUGGUGGUUACCAGCGGCGCGGGAGACAGCGGCAGCGGCGCGGGAGACAGCGGCAGCGGCACAGUGGUGGUGGCUGGCAGCAGCAUGGGAGACAGCGGCAGCGGCACAGUGGUGAUUACCAGCGGCACAGGAGACGGCGGCAGCAGCAGCGGCGCAUUGGUGGUGGCUGGCAGCAGCAUGGGAGACGGCGACCGAGCCUCUCCGCACCUCUCGGAAAACCCAAAGGAAUUAGUAAGCGAGGCUGCUCUCGUCGCGCCCGAGCCUCCUGCGUCUCCCGACCCGCACCGCCUUCCCUUUUCGACUGCAAGCAAUGGGAUUGGGCAGAGGUGCUUCAACCCCUGCCGUGCAGCCACCUUCAGCAGCAGUGCAGCCGGAGGAAGCUUCCAAGCUUGA